UCAAAAUUACUACCAAACAUAUACUGAAAACCUCAAUAUGCAAUAAGUUCACGUGAGAAACUUUGAAUGUGAUAUAUUAGUUUGAUCUCUUUGGAAUGCACUGAUUUUUAUUUGAUUAUUCAUAAUUUGUUUACCAAAAUAGAUUAAUUUUUAUUCCAAAAACCGCCAUCAAACCUCUCUUAAAUGUGCGCAAAUAAAUCUAAAGUCUGGUGUGAGACCUCUUGCUGCUGACCUGGAAACCAGAGACAGACUUUUUAAGAGCUACAAUCUUUUUUCUUCUUCUUCUUAUCUUCAACAAAACCCCGCCAAAUACCUUACCUAACCUGACACAAUGUUGUUGAUCAGACUACUGGCAAUCUUCCUCGUCCUCAUCACUAACACGUGGCUGCUCAGCCCGGUCAACUCGGACGCACUCAGCCGGUACAAACGCGACAUGGCCCGGCGGGCAGACCGUGAGCUCUCCAGGCUAGCAGGUGAACCCUGCACCGUCUCCGGCGUCUGGAGGUCCCGGCGGCAACCCCGCUCCCUCUCUCCGUCCCAACACCGCCCUCCAGCGGCUCGUCCGCGGACGCACACGAUCCGGAGAGAGCUGUACACUGUCAGGAGCGCUCCUGCGGUUUGUACGGGAGGGUGCAGGUUUGACACCGGGUUGAGCCGGGUCGCUGCUGCGGGGGAGGAGAAGCGAGGCUGGGGAGAAGCGGAGGAUGUGGCGGUGGGAGCUGGGGAUGACUACGCUUCAUUGCCAGGACGGUUCUAUGUAAAACGCUCCACAAACGACAACAGAGAGACAAAUAAUGUCAGUGAAAACACCACACAACCGCCCGGGAUGUCUUUACUUAAAGACGCCGGGCAGACCGCCUCUUCCUCCGGCCACGCGCAGUCCCCUCGCGCCCUCCGCCACAGGUUCACCCGCAGCCUCGGCGGGACGUUUUCGAACGACGAAGACGGCAACUCCAGCUGGGAGAAAGUUUUCCCCGACAGUUCAACAGACUCCAGAGGGCUCCAGGUUCUUUACAGACUCCAGCAGGAAGAUGGAGACCAGCAGUCCUCGACUGGGACCCUGGAGGACGUUACCGAGGACUACUCCGGGGAGGUGGAAGAGGCGGAUACACCCGCGAGCCUGCCCUUGGGGAGCGCCUCUCCCUGGGGCAGCCCCGUGCCGAGGGUGCCCCCUUCCUGGAUGACCGCCCUGUACUUCAGCGGGCGCCGGGAGCAGCUGAAGCUGAAACCGGCUGCAGAGGUGGAGCUGCCGAGGUCCAAGUUCAGCCUGGAGCUGUGGGUGAAGCCUGAGGGAGGGCAGAGCAACCCGGCAGUCAUAGCAGGUGUAUUUGACAACUGUUCCCAUUCACUGAGUGAGAAAGGCUGGUCAGUAGGCAUCCGCACUGUGGAACCUGCCGGCACCAAAGACGCACGGUUCUACUUCACGCUUCGCACAGACCGAGCCGUCAAGUCCACCACCAUCUAUAGCCACCAGCGGUACAGAGCCAACGUCUGGACUCACCUGAUGGCCACUUACAACGGCCACAACAUGACCCUGUAUGUUGAUGGAGCUAAGGUGGGAGAGAGCAGUCUGCAGUUGGGGAAUCUCUACAGUCCCUUCAUGAAGACGUGCAGAACCCUUUUCCUUGGCAGUAACCAAUCAGAUCAGGGACGCAGCUUCAGGGGCCAUAUAGGGGGUGUGGUCUUGUGGGGCUACGCCCGCUCACAUGAGGACCUGCUGAAGCGGCCUGUUCAAAUCGACAAAAGCGAGCCGCUCCUGGCGAUGUGGGCCGACUUCUCUAAUGUGGAAGAGCUGUGGACUCCAUUUAAAGUUGGCCUCCACCCGACCAUCAUCACCACUCCUGUCCCUGAACAAGAAGUCGUCUCCUCAUUCCUGCCGCCACCCUGUGGCCUGACACCCUGUGACAACACCGACAUCAUCUCUGGGUACAACAUAAAUUGGGAGCUCCGUACCAGCAAACAAGUACGCUACCGGAUAGUCAACCUCUCUGACGACGAUGGUGGGAACCCCACAGUGUCAGAAACCCAGAUCCAGCUCCAGCACCUGGCUCUGACUGAGGCCUUUCACCCGUACAACAUCACCCUGGACCUAAGCGUGCACACUGUCAGAAACUCCAGCCUCAGACAGCGGUUUAUUCUCAGCAAUUGUCGAAUUGGGAAGAUUGGGAACCGCCAGUGCGACCCUGAGUGCGACCACCCGCGGACAGGCCACGAUGGAGGGGACUGCCUCAGACUGGGGCCCUGCUACAACUGGAAGAGACAGGAUGGAGUUUGUAACAUGGAGUGCAACAGCAUACACUAUGACUACGAUGAUGGAGACUGCUGUGACCCAGAGGUCACCGACGUCUUCAAGACCUGCUUCGAUCCCGAGUCACCUGACAGGGCCUAUAUGAGUGUGAAAGAGCUAAAGGAGGAGCUACAACUGAGCGGCACUGACACACUCAAUGUUUUCUUUGCAAGCAACUCGGUGCGAGAAGAGCUGGCAGGAGCUGCAACCUGGCCAUGGGCGAAGGAGGCUCUUACCCACCAAGGUGGGAUGGUUCUGAACCCGUCCUACUUUGGUACCAUGGGCCACCACAACACCAUGAUCCAUGAGAUGGGACACAUCUUUGGACUGUACCAUGUCUUCAAGGGGGUGAGCGAGCGGGACUCUUGUGAUGACCCUUGUCAGGAGACCACCCCCUCCAUGGAAACAGGAGAUCUGUGUGCUGACACUGCACCAACACCCAAAUCCAAAGCCUGCCAUGACCCUGGAGCUGUCAAUGACACCUGUGGAGUCGCCAUGUACCAGGACACACCUUAUAGCAACUACAUGAGUUACACAGAUGACAACUGCACCAACCAUUUCACUCCCAACCAAGUGGCCCGGAUGCACUGUUAUCUUGAUCUGGUCUACCAGAAGUGGCUGAUGGACCAGCAACCUGUUCCCAUCCCUCUGGCUCCCAUAGUGACAGACCAGAGCCCAGACUCUGUCUCUAUCUACUGGCUGCCUCCUAUAAGAGGACCACUUUAUCAGAGCUCCUCCUUCCAUGUGUCUGGAAUCAACUGUGGAGACUGUGAGAAAGAUGGAGUUUUUCACCAGUACGCGUCCGAGGCUACCUCACCUCGCAUCUGUGACACGUCAGGCUACUGGACACCCGAGGAGGCUGUUGGCCCACCUGAUGUGGAGCAGCCCUGUGAUCCCAGCCUCCAGGCCUGGAGUCCUGAGCUCAGCCUUUAUGACACUAAUGUGACCUCGCCGUGUCCCGACACGGAGGGCUGCACCCUCACACUAAAGUUCCUCCACCCUAUCGUUCCACACGCACUCACCCUCUGGGUCACCUACAUCUCUUCAGACAAUCCAGCCGUAGCCAACAUAGAGCUGAUAACCGACACGGGGAAAAGCAUCAACCUUGGACCCCAGCAUGUCUUCUGCGACAUGCCCCUCACCCUGAGCCUCGACACCCACAACACUGCUAUCGCCGCCAUAAAACUGUGCACCUUCGAUGAGAAGUUGGAGAUUGAUGCUGUCAUGCUGUCGUCAGGCCCCGGCAGCCCCCUAUGUGCCGGCUGCCAACCUCUGCUCUACAGGAUCCAGCGGCAGCCGCCCUUCACCGGCAAAACCCCCUCACCUCAGGCCCAGCAGACCUUCACUGACAGCUCUGUGAGGCAGGGAGUCCAGUACGAGUACACAGUCCAAGUGGAAGCAGACGGUCUCCUCAGCAAUCCCUCCUUGCCGCUCCUCUACACCCACGGCCAGUCCUACUGUGGAGACGGCCUCGUACAGGGGACAGAGGAGUGUGACGACAGUAAUCUGCUGGAUGGUGACGGCUGCUCGAAGAAAUGUAACAAGGAGACAGGCUUUAACUGUAACGGCGAACCCAGCCAGUGUUAUGUUUUUGACGGUGACGGUGUGUGCGAGGAGUUUGAGCGGGGCUCUAGUGUUCAGGACUGUGGUUACUUCACACCUUUGGGCUACACAGACCAGUGGGCAUCCACCGCCACCGCUUCUCACCAGGACCUCAACCGCUGUCCCGCCCAUGCUGUCACUGGGGAGCCAUCACUUACCAAGCUCUGCAGGUAUCAGCACCUGGAGGUGAGUGAGAAAGUGCCCACAGGCACCUGGUCCCCAUGCACAGCCCAGUCCGACACAAAUAAUGACCUGGAACAUUCAUUUUGGCUCAAGGUGGGAUUUGCCCAUCCUGGAGUGGCAGCCUCUGUGAUGGUGUACCUGGCUUCAGAUGGGUCGUGGUCUGAGGAGCAGUGUCGGAGGACAGCCACCAUCCUCCUGUCUGAUACUACUGGCAAGAACCACUCACUAGGCACACAUGACCUCUCAUGCCAUCGGAAUCCGCUGGUGGUGAAUGUGACCCACGACCUCUCUCGACCCUUCUUCAUCACCGCCUCUGUUAUUCUCCUCUUCUCCUCCCCCUAUGUGGCAGUGGGAGGCGUGGCCCUGAGGACCUCCUGCCACUUCAGCACCUUCGCCCUGACCGGCUGUUUGCGGCAGCCGUGUCAGAUGGACAGCUGCAGUCCUCCUCAGUUAGAGCACGCACAUGUCAGGUGUACAGGAGGAGGGGAGUCCUCUCACUGCUCCGUUCAGUGUCACCGUGGGUUCAGUGUCUCCGUCCUCAACAGCAGGGGAACCCCACCAUACCAGAGAGAAAUGCACCUGCAGUGUUUCCAUGGUUCGUGGGAUCGCGUAGUAAGCUGUCAGCCUGUAGACUGCGGCCUGCCCGAUCAGUCUCAUGUCUACCACGCCAUAUUCAGCUGCCCUUGGGGAACCACCUUUGGCAAACAAUGCUCCUUCACCUGUGGAGCACCAGCUAUACUACAAGGUGACAGUGACAGGUUGGUGUGUUUGGAGGACGGCCUGUGGUCUUUCCCAGAGGCCUACUGCAAGAUCGAGUGUCCAGAGGUUCCAAACAUACCCGAUGCCAAGCUGCUAACAGCGGACUGUCUGGCUUCGGGGCACGAUGUUGGCUCUGUCUGCCGUUACAAAUGCAACCCAGGCUUCUAUGUAAUGGGGAGCCUCAAAAAGAAGACACCAAGAAAGUAUUUCAAGUUGGAGUGCCAGGAGGGUGGGCAUUGGGAAGAAACUAACUGUGAGCCGAUAUCCUGCCCAGCCCUGCCUGAUGUGUUCCAGGGCAUGUACACCUGCACCAACGGCCUGUACUACGACACCGUCUGCACCCUGCAGUGCCCAGAUGCUACAGAAAAUAGGGAGAUUCGCUGCACUAAGGAGGGUGACUGGACUUCAGAGUUCACUAUGUGCUCCAAGCUCCAAGGAUCAUGCUCUCCUCCUCCUGAUCUCAACUCUGUGGAGUACAGCUGUGACCAGGGGAUGGAUGUCGGUGCUGUUUGCUACCCAACAUGCAUUGUUGCUCUGGACAUGGAUUUGCGUGACCCGGUGGUUCUGCCCAAUGACACCACGGUUGAAUCUUUAAAGCACUGGAUGCUACCCACCAAAGUCAAGAGCAUAGUCUGUACGGGGAUGAUGAAGUGGUACCCUGACCCUCAACACAUCCAUUGCAUCCAGUCAUGUGAGCCUUUUGGAGGGGAUGGCUGGUGUGACACCAUCAACAACCGGGCCUACUGCCAGUAUGAUGGAGGAGACUGCUGCCCGUCCACACUCUCCACCAGAAAGGUCAUCCAGUUUGGGGCCGACUGCAACCAGGACGAGUGCACUUGCCGUGAUCCGGACGCCGAGGAGAAUAAGAGCAAAGCGAGGGACUCAGGAGGAGGAGGCGGAGCCGGAGGAGGAAUGCAAUAAGAUUGAGGGAUGAAAGAGGCUGAACUUGUGUUAAAAAGAGUCAAGCCGCAGACGAUACACCACAACAAACAAACAAACAAAAAAAAAUGACAUUUUUAACAUUUGUAAUGCAAAGAAUGCGAUUGAAGUCAUACAAUAAAAGGCUGUUUUUAUUUUAUCAUCAGUGAUUACAUGAGUCAUUUUAGCUUAAAAAUGUGAUUCCUUCCUGCACAAAUCCAGCCAAAUAUCCACACAUGAAUAUAUUCUUUUCCUGUGAAGAAGUCAUCUUCACUGCUGGAUUUGUGUAAGAGACACAAACUGAGAAAGCACUGAUGUCCAGUUCAAACAGGGUUAAAAAGCAGACUAUCCACUCCUGUACAAAUUAAGUCAUCAUAAUUGGAUCAAAUCGCUGUUGUAAAUGGAUUCAAGCACUUUUCUGGACUUGAUUAUUGGGGUUAAGAAACCAAAAGCACUGGCCGUGCAUGAAAAUGUUUUUUUCAGUGCAUGCACAGACCUUACAGCAAGGGCUAAUGCUGCUAACUGUGUUUACCGGAGGAGAAACAUUAUUAAAGUACCACCUUUAAAUCACACCGAGCCAAAAUAAUUAUUUUUUAACUCGUCUGAUGGCUACACAAAAGCAAAUGAGGACUAGUCGAAUCUAAGUCAAGGGGGCACAAGAAGAACUGCCUGAUUUCUGCUCCACUAUGCUGAAACAUUAACCUUAUCCCUCGUCGAUGAAACAAAUCCUCGCAAAUCCUAAAAUUAGUCACCGUCUUCAUUAUAUGAUCCUUCUUUCUGACACGUAGCUUGUUAGAGAUGUAAAAGGGUACGUCCUCUGUAAAGACUAACAUUUAUAGACUAAUAUAUUUGGAUCACCUAACAUAUCUAACAGAUCAAGUAAUUAGUCACACAAGUCAACUCUAUUUAUAUCACAGAUCCAGUAAGAUUUAUCUGUAACAUACACCACAUGCACCGGGCUUUCCAAAAGUUUAUCUCCUGUCUGUUUUUUUUUUUGUACUUACACAAAAAGAAAUAAUAGAGAUUAUGUCAAAUGUUUGUCAUA